AUGGGCGUGGUGGUGGACGGGCGCACUCGCCUCCGCCGUGACGGCGCCAUGAGCACCUACUUCGGCAACGUGCUGACCAUCCCCUACGGUGUCAUGGGCACCGGCACCCUGAGUACCAUGGCGCUCGCCGACGUGGCGGACGACGUGCACCGGUGGGUGGCGGAGGCCGCGACCGGCGAGCACUUCCGCGAGCUCGUCGACUGGGUGGAGGCGCAGCGGCCGGAGCCCACGGUGGCGAAGGCGCACCUGUGCCGCGGCAACGGCGACGAGGACGCGAUGGCCUGCGUGGUGUCAUCGGGGAUGCGGCUCCCCGUCGGCGAGAUGGACUUCGGGUGGGGCCGGCCGGCGUUCGCGUCGUACCACUUCCCCUGGCCCGGCGGCGCAGGGUACGUGAUGCCGAUGCCGAGCGCGCGCGGGAACGGCGACUGGGUGGUGUACGUGCACGCGGCGCCGGAGGUGGUGGAGGUGAUGGAGGCCGAAUCGACGGUGUUCAGAGCGCUGGAGGGUAGCUACGUGUUCGACCGGGCGAAUUGA